AUGUCAUCCGCCAAUGAAGACUUAUUGAGUUUGAAUGAAAAAACAAAUCCUACAGUUGAUACCAUUGUUACAUCAAUUGUAAAAGAAGAAGAAAAAGUUGAUACCAUUGUUACAUCAAUUGUAAAAGAAGAAGAAAAUAAGGGAAUUGCAUGUAUAAAAAAAGAAUAUAUCAUUGAAAGACAUGUGCCCAAGUUGGCAAUAAAUUGUAUUUCAGAAUCAGAUAAAAGCCAACUUAAUGAAGAUGAACCGCCUUCUAAAAAGCAGAAGUGUUCUAAGAGUGUAUUAAAAGGUCAAAAUAAAUCUAGAAAUUCUACUUACUAUCAAAUCCCACAAGAAAAUUUAUGCUCAAAUCUUGUCGAUGGUUCAGAAAAAGAUUCUUGUAUAUAUGAUAAAUGUAAAUUCUUACACAAUGUCACUGAGUACUUAGAUAAAAAACCUGAUGAUAUUGACAAAACAUGUUAUGUAUAUUCUAUUAAGGGUCGUUGUCCUAGAGGACUGACCUGUAGAUAUGGGAGUAGCCAUAUUGAAAGUGGCAAAAAUAUUAUUGACCAAACCAAAUAUGAAAUGUGGAUUAAAAGUGAAGCUAAUUGUAGAACCUUAAGUAAAGAAAAUAUGUUAAAAUUACGAAAAAAAUUAUACAAUUUCGCAAAAAGUGAAGAAGCUGUUAAAAAAAUUGAUAAUGAUAAAGAUCUAGGGCCUUUAAUUGAAGAAAGUCCUAAAAAGAUAAAUUGGAAAAAUAAACUAUACUUGGCCCCUUUAACCACAGUUGGUAAUUUACCUUUUCGUAGAAUUUGUAAAGAGUUUGGUGCUGAUAUAACCUGCAGUGAAAUGGUUCUAUCAUCAAGUUUGUUACAAGGACAUAAUCAAGAAUGGGCAUUGACUAAAAGACACGAAACAGAAGAUAUAUUCGGUAUUCAAGUAUGUGGUAAUAAUCCAUAUAUGUUGGCUAAAAGUGCACAGGUCCUACAAGAAAACGUAGACAUGGAUUUCUUAGACUUGAAUUUAGGGUGUCCGUUAGAUCAAAUUUAUAAACAAGGAGCCGGUAGUGGUUUAUUACUUAGGAGUAAAAAAUUAGAAGUCUGUUUGAAAAGUAUGAGAACUGUACUUGAUGUACCUCUUACAGUAAAAACUCGCUCAGGUGUCAAUAAAGAUCAAAAUGUUGCACACGAUUUAAUACCUAUGUUCAAAGAUAGUGGAGUAUCUCUUAUAACAGUUCACGGAAGAUCAAGAGAUCAAAGGUAUACAAAAAUGGCUGAUUGGAAUUAUGUUAAUGAAUGUGCAAAAUUAGCAAGUCCAAUACAAGUAUUUAGCAGUGGAGAUAUAAUGUCUUAUGAAGAUUAUGUAGAUUCAAAACUGCAAUUUCCAGAUAUAACAGGUGCUAUGAUUGGCAGGGGAGCUUUGAUAAAGCCUUGGAUAUUUAAAGAGCUUAAAGAAAAUCGUCAUUGGGAUAUAAGCAGUAACGAACGAUUAGAAAUUUUAAAAAAAUAUGUAAAAUAUGGUCUUGAACAUUGGGGCAGUGAUACUCGAGGUGUGGAAACAACAAGAAAGUUUUUAUUGGAAUGGCUGUCAUUUUGUUAUCGAUACAUUCCUGUAGGAAUUUUAGAACGUGUACCUCAAAAAGUAAAUGAAAGACCACCACAUUACAAAGGAAGGGACGAUUUAGAGACAUUAAUGGCUAGUGGCAAUUGUGCUGAUUGGAUAGAGAUAAGUAAAAUGUUACUGGGACCAGUACCUAAUGGAUUUCAAUUUUUACCUAAACACAAGGCCAAUUCUUGGAAAUAG